AUGCUCAAUCUCCGUAUAAUCCUUGCGAUUUUCACUGUUUUUCCACGCGGCACCGGUUCCGCGUUGGCUCCGCACGCCGUCGGCUUCGAAGAAGUCAUCGAAGAGGUUCAGGAGGCGAUCCGCAAGCUCGUCCUCCAUCGAUCCAACCUUUUGCAAGACCAAAUGAGAAACGAGUGUCAGGACAGGGAUUUUCUGGUGAUGAAGGUGAACAUUGUGAAGGGACCGCCGAAGAACGCGAGCAUCUACGAGAACUACGCGUUCUGGACCGAAAUGGUUAGUGUUCGGGGGUUUGAUAUUGUCCGAAUGUGUGCUCAGUGCGUGUUCUACGUCUACGACGCCGGCGUCAUUUCGCUCCAGAAGUGGUGUUUCGAAGAUCCGGCCCGACACUUGAUCUACAAGCAAAACUCUUCGGAAUCAGUCCUCGAGGGCCCGAAAAUGAUAGUGGAUACCAAGUGUCACAUGUUUGAAGUGGAUUGUGAGUUGAAAGAAUUUUUCUUCUUUUUCCCCUUAAUGAGUACAUGAAUUCACCGGAAGCUAUGACAAAUCCCCUCCCCCCCAAUUAUCGUCUUCCUGCUCUUUCAAGCUGCUGAAAAUCAGUGAUUCUUGAGCUCAAGCUUUUCAGCCGAAGAAUAUUAUCGGAAUCUGGCGGAGAGCUUCUUCAAAAUCUUCCUCAUCAUCAGCACCGUCUCGUUGAUUUUGUAAGUCCGGACGGCUCACGCAUUCCUCUCAUUUCCGAUGUCCAGAAUUCUCAUCAACUGGUUCUUCCGUCGUGAUAUUGUCGUCGUUGUGAAUCAGGCGACGGACAAAAUGAAGACAAUCGAAGGGAAUUUGGCGGAAAAGAGCUAUGAACGGAAGACGAACGAGGCCGAAAAUGAUGAUUUGUUGCUCCUGGAGCACGAGGAGACUAAUUGA